AAUAAAGUAGUCGGAGAGAAUUGAUACAAUCAUUUCUCAUAUAUUACAAAAUAUAUAACAUAAUUAGAUGAUUUUUUAAAAAAUUAAACAUCAUAUGAGGAGAAUUAUAUUGAUUUUAACAAAUUCAUUGAAAGAGUCAUUCUGAAUAGUUUGAUAUGUCGUCAAUUCAUAUUGUGGAUGAUCAUGAUAGAGCGUUGGAAGUUAUUUACAAAGAAAUAGGAUCAAAAAGAAUUCCUUUCGAAGGUCUGGUUUUAGUUCAUUUUGAUGCUCAUCCUGACUUGUUGAUUCCCGCUAUAAAGGCAAAUGAUAUUUAUAAUAAAGAUAUUGUAUUCCAGUUGAGUAUUAUUACUGUCAAAAAUUUGUAUUAUUCUCAAACCGAGGAGUCUUUUAACAAUAGUAACGACUUGAAUUAUAGAAACACAGAUAUUGCAAGCUGGAUAAUUCCAGCUACAUAUGCUGGUCAUAUUAAAAAAGUAAUAUGGCUAAAACCACCUUGGGUCGAAGAUCUUUUUGGAGGAUUCUGUUCAUUUCAAGUUGGAAAACAUAGAGAUACCGGAGAUAUCAGGGUUUCUUGCGAAAGUGAAUACUUUAUUCAGGAAUUGUUCUACUCACCAAAAGAUGAAUUAGUUAAUAGGAGAUCCGUUGAUAUUGAAGAAUUUACAGUCAAUUCAGACAAUCUAAAAGAUAUUACUGAAUGUAUAAGAAAAGAGAAUCAAGAACACUUGUUACUCGAUAUUGACCUUGAUUUUUUCAGUACAUUAAACCCUUUGAAAAAUCUCUUUGGUCUGGAGCUAUUUAGUUUCCUAAGUGAGAAAUAUAGAUGCGAAUUUCCACAGUCUCUGCAACCUUUGGAAAAGGUUCAACAAAGAAGAGAGCAAUUAAACAUUUUAUGGAAUUGGAUGUUGAAAAAUCAUACAACUAAUUUUAAAGAUGCUCAUCUAAACGAUGAUAUGAAAAAUAAAUUAACUUAUCUUAUUAAUAAGAAUGGAUUGGAAUGGGUUCAUCAUACUGCAAUGGCUUGUGACGAUAAUAAUCCCUUACCCGAACAUUUAAGUUCAGAAAGCGAAAUUGAAGAAAUGGAAAAACAUUUUGAGUUCAUUAUUCGUAAAACGUUUCGUAAAGAAAAUCAGUCUUUAAUAACUGUAGCUAGGUAAUUAUAUAUAUGCUAUAUUUAUAUAUGUAUAUAUAAAUGUAUAUAAUAAAAUAUACAUAUAUAUAUAUAACUUAUAAACAUCCAAUAAUGAUUCUACAGAUCGUGCGAUGAUGAGUAUACGCCAAAAAACCAAGUUGACUUCAUACAGGAGAAAGUGUUAAACGUUUUAAAAAAUUGUUUAAAUGUUCAACAGAUAAAUAAUCUUUACGAUUAACUAAUAAAAAAAAAUCAAA